AUGGCCCGGGACGUCCUCCUACGCAGCCGUAGAGCGGUCCCAAAGCUUCUCGAAAAGACUUUCGCUCAACACAAACAAGGCCUUGUCGAGAAGCUUCGUAAUUCUCUCUCAUCUAUGGUUCACUUCACCAUUGACAUGUGGACCUCAUCGGAACAGAAAGCGGCAUACCAGGCAAUCGUGGCCCAUUUCGUAGAUGCGGAGACGAGAGAAGUCGCCCAAGCGUUAUUGUCGCUGCGUGAGUUCAAAGGAAGCCACAGCGGGGAAUUGCAAGCCAAGGUUUUCCUCGAAGUUGUCGAGGAGUACGACCUCAGCGAGAAAGUUGGCUACUUCACGAUGGAUAGCCACGAUGCUAACGAUACCAUGCUUGACGAUAUCGCAAAAGAGAUUGAGGGGGUGGAUCCAGUUGCCAGGCGACUACGCUGCAGCGGCCACAUCAUGAACCUCAUCGUUCAAGCUUUCCUCUCUCGAAGCAAGGCAAAGAAGAUCCAGAAGGAUGAGCAGGAGGGGAUUGAUGAGGCUUAUGAACGGCUGUGUAGGCAGUCUGACAAAGACGGAGACAGAAUUGCGAAGGCACAAGCUACCGAUGAGUGGCGGGAGUUUAGUGUUCUGGGCAAACUCCACAACCUGUGCAUAUAUUCAAAAAGCUCUACCAGCAUUUACAACGACUUCAAGGCCAAGGUUGGCAGGUCUUUGCCGAGGGACAAUGAUACACGUUGGAACUCAUGGUUUCGACUCAUUGACGUGGCUAUUGAGAGGCGGGCAAAGCUCAUGGACUGGAUUCAAGAAAAUCGCGCCAAAAUCGAGAAAGAUGCACUGGACCACAACGACUGGAAUGAACUCAGUGAUAUUCAUGCAUUCUUACAGGUAUUUCAACAAAUCUCCAUACGCCAAGGCCGGGAGAACACACUUGAUGAAGUUCUCUCGCACAUGGACUUCCUGCAUGAACACUUCACCCAGACUAAAAAUCGGGCUUUCAGUAACCCGCGCUUCUACGCGCGUUUUCAUGUGGCUUGGCUCAAAUUCGAGAAGUAUUACCAGCUUACCGAACAAGCUCCCGUGUACGUGGCUGGUCUUCUCCUCCACCCAACACUCCGAAAGAGCUAUUUGAGUGAGCAGUGGAAGAGAAAUCCGGCGUGGGUUACCAACGCCGUGAAGGCCGUAAGGAAGAUUUGGUCUACCGAGUACAAGGGCUACCAGCUACCAGACAAACAACAGGAGCAAGAGCAAGAACUCGAUGAGUUUGAUCGCUGGAGGCAGAAGGUGUACAGCAGAGCGAAUGAGGUGAAGGAUGAAUUUGACCGCUUCAUAUGUGGCUCACAAGUCGGGAUCGGGCAACAAACAGCCUUACAAUGGUGGCUUGAACCGACUCAGCGACAAAAUUUCCCCCUCCUCAGCCGCAUGGCUAUUGACGUAUUCUGUAUCCCCCCAAUGUCUACGGAGGCAGAGCGAAUCUUCUCAGGUACAAGACGGCAGGUUACGUGGGAUAGAAGUAACAUGUCUGCCAGGAUGGUGGAGGCAUGUGAAUGCAUUAAAAGCUGGAUAAGUGUUCCAAAAGGAAAGAGCAGGCCUCUUCUUGCUGGAGUGUUUAAGAGAGCGGAGGAUGUUGACGCAGCUAGCUGGCUUCCCGGUGACAUCCUUGCCGCCUGGCGCGUGUCCGCCUCUGCCGUAGAAAAGCCUACCCUGGCUCUCCUGGCUGUGAAGGACGCCGAGUUAGACAGGCAAGCCGAAGCCAUCUGUGCCGCCGAGCUACAACGCCUCACCAGUGCGUCGUUGUCUUCGCCGCUCCAGCUAUCCGCACGACCAAGCCCUCGUACGGCCAGGGAGCCGCUGUCGCCCAUCCUCGUGAGCAACUGGAUGCGCCGGACAGGAUGGGAGGCUCUCUUCGCGAAUGUAGACCGGCGCCUCCUCAUUGCGCUACACCAAACGCCGACGAAGGUGGAUGGGCCAUACUAUCUUGGAACGUACGACGGGAAACCGAUUGAAAGCCCAGCUAGCGACGAGGCCAGGCUGCGUGCUAUCGUACACGCGCUGGACAGGCUGUUUGAUCGGUGCGCGGAUACAGUCACCCACACUGACACCGCAAUACGACGAUGGGUGCGCGGGAGAUUUGUCGAUCGGCCGUACAAGGCGCCCUUCCAGCUUGUUGCGCACGAGCGCUCAGAGCGCCAGUAUCGACGGCUGUUGAAGCGAUGCCUCUGCAUGUGGCUACGGCUUUGGCGGAUUCCGCGUUCGACCGCCAAGGCUUUGACGAAGCGGACCAUCACAUACGAGCAGGGUCAGGCUUUACGGAAGCUUUGGGACGACCCGGUAUGGUCAGAGACCGCCGCCACCACCACCCAACACAGCACGGCGAAGAGCCUCAACAAGGCGGAGAAGGACCGAGAGGCCGCUACUUUUGACCAAGACAGCAAUGUAAAAGACGUGGAAGACAGCCGCACUGGGGGCUCGGGUGGAGAGCUUGACGGCAUGCUUAACAGCCUUGGCUCUGAGUACGAGGACAAUUCGGACAGCGACAUUAGCAGGGAGGAGGACUCUGAUUGCCAAGAUGACAGCGAUUACGACAAUGACGACGAUGGGAUCAUCACACCGCCCUCCUCCUACUCCGACUCAGAACCAGGUCAAGCGAGUCAGACGGGCGGCACUGACGAUGAUAGCGAUGAUGAUGAGAAAGCUACUUCUAGGCCAGGACAGGAUCAGCAACUCGAUGUUGUACUCCGAUUCUGUCUCUUUAUGGCAAUGGAGGACUUUGACGAUGGGCAAGCCAGCGCUACGUUGCUUGUCUACUUUAGUGCCGUAUGCGGGCUUUCUGGCGAGAAUGGGACGGAGUUCGCACGUCCGGCCACCUAUACGACGCAUCUCUCCGGGCUCAUUUACUGCACGCGCCUUAUACUCUUGGAAGGAACGCUGCCUCGCGUGGCCCACGAGUACAUACAGCAUCCGGCGCGGCCAAGGCGCGGCCAGCUCGAGGUACUUCGUCAAGUGCGACAGGAUAAGAUGUGCGACGGCACACUCUCGCCUCUUGGAGAGUUUGUCAGCCUCGUGGCAUACGGCAUAAGUUUGAGCCGUGCAGACGGACCAGCGUUUCUCUUCGAGUGGAGCGAAGACGGAAGGGAGAUCUCAUGGGACGGCAAGCACCACUUGACCAUGGAUGGUUUCCGCAGUCUCCUCGCAACAGCGGCCGAGCAGGUUGCACAGCAGUGCAAGUAUAUGCUCUUCGGCUGGCAACCACCUCGACCGCAAUUCCGAGAGCUUCGCGACCGCUUAUCUGACAAGACGGCUGGCUACUCCUUCGUGACAGAUCCCGCCAAUGGACUUUCUGAUGCCUAUCUCCAGCUUGUAAAGAGAGCCUGCAUCGCGCCCAUGGACGGUCUCCUGCGAAGGGACCGCGAGGGGGGCGGUGGAAGGCGCUGGGACAUGCAAGCUGUUGUAAAGUAUAUCGAAAAGCACGAUGAGCUUCUGAAGGAUCUAAUGAUCGCCGUACAUGGAUAUGGAGGCCAGGGCAGCCGUAUAUCUGAACUUCUUACGCUCAGGCAUGUGAAUACGUCUUCUCAGCUUCGUGGCGUGGUUCUAUAUGCAGGGUCCAUUUGCUGCAUUACUCGACAUGUGAAGAACCGGUUAAGCACGAACAAAGAGUUCCAAGUGGCGAGAUUUCUUCCAGAUAAGCUGGGUAGGCUCAUGUACCACUAUCUUGUAUAUAUUCGACCAACAGUCUCUAUGCUACGGCGUGUCUGUCUCGAGAAAGACGAGGAAAAGGCCCUUCUUUUUACCCCUGCUGCCACGGAUCGUAUCUGGAAGACAUCAACAUUUUCAAAGCAUCUUAAACAGCAUAGUCAAAGAGUACCUACAGUGCCGGUAGGAAUAGGCGCGCAGCUCUAUCGACAGCUCUCUAUAGCUAUUGCUGAGAAGCAUGUGGUUGGUGCCGCCGCCUUUGAUCGGUACGAUGAGGCCUCUGUUGGGUAUAAUGACAGCAUUGCAUUCGCGUGGCAGAGCGGGCAUCGGCCAUUGCAAAGGCACUCGACGUAUGGCUUGGAUGGUGCGUACCCUGAUAAGCUACAGCCAGGGCUUCUGCAGACAUAUCGCAAUGUUUCAAAUCAGUGGCACACAUUCUUGUUGGCCGAGAGCGCCAGCAGAGAUCCUCUGUCCCCACAAAUCACCAUGCCAUCGCCAGUUAUUCCCCAGAAGCGCCCAGCAGAGAGUAUGUUAGAGCUAAGUAUCAACGCGAAACAUAACAGACACCUGCGCCAGCAGCAUAUCGACCAACAGGGUAUAGAGCAGAGCGAAAACCUGGAUCAACCGAACACACCAUCAAAAAGCAUGACCUGUUUUUCUUCGCCCACCACAAACCAGAGCAACCCAACUACAAUUAAGACAAGGAUACCUACAUCACCAGAGCGGCAUGCCCUUGGCCCAUUCCGCAUUUUACCAGAAUUAAGGGUGCUUGUAUGCAAUACAUGCCGAUUCGCUGUACUUGCAGAUGAAGUCAUCACACACCUUCGGAACUCCAACCAUGCGAAGCAAUAUAGCCCAAAGCAACGUCGCCAGUUACAAAUGCAGAUCAAGGAAACAACUGAUGUGAUAAGGUCACUAGACGAACUGAAAUGUUUCCAAUAUCCACCUCCAGAAACACCGGCUUUACCAUACAUACCCCCCCCUCAAAAUGAUGGGAUACGGUGCGAUCAAUGUAGUUAUGUUGUGCGCGGGAUUGGAAGUAUGCAACGUCAUUGUAGGGAAGAACAUAACUGGGUCAAUGAUUGGGAACGAGGGGGCAAUAUCCGUCAGAAAUUGCUUAGGCAACGCUCCUUGCCAUGGACUACAGGCGUAUAUUGUCAACGGCUGUUUGCUAGCCGUGCUGUUGGUAGAGCCGCAAUUCCAUAUAUCGACGACCCGAAGACCGAUGGUUUACAAUGUAGGGUUUGUGGUCAUGUUAUCCGUCAAAUUGGCCACAUGCAAUUGCAUUGCAAAACAGAGCAUGGUUGGGUUAAUGAUUGGAAAAAAGGCGGCAACAUCAAGGCAAAAUUACAGGAACCACGCCAAUUACCAUGGAUUAGCGGAGUUUGGUGCCAGAAGUUAUUUCCCAGCCGCGCAGCCAGCAGUUGGUUUGAAGUGAAGAGCGCAGCCGACAUUGGAUUUAGUAUUGUCGAGAACAGACCAACAGCCAACAAAGAAGAUGAGAACGAGGACAACAGCCAAGCCGCCGUAUUAUUAGCCGCAUUAGACGAAUGGGACAACAUACAAGAGCAGCGAUACACAGACGGUCAGGCGAUGCGGCGCGUGGAAGCAUUAGACCCAAAGAACGAGGCCAAUUCAUGGUUGCAGCGGGUUGGUUGGACCAGGCAUUUGGAAGGGUUAGAAGUGGAAGAAUUGCAACAAUUCAUUAAAACCCCAGCCGAGGAUGAGACGUUAUUGCAAUAUAUGAGCGAGCAAUGCCAUAAUUUGUUGGACGAGGCAUACAAAACAUGUCGGUCAUACCGAAUCGGGUUGCCGGCCAUGUUCGAGAUCAACCGACGCGAGGUGUCCGUACAGGCCAAGCGGCCGUUCGAACCACGGAUGGAGGCGGAUUCGUGGGCGCGGUACAAGAGCGUGAUGUGCAAGAUCAUUUGGGUUAUUUACCGGACCAAACAACGGCCACAAGAGGAAAGGCCGCCAUACGCCAUGACAAGCACCCAAACCCGAUAUUGGAAAGGGUUUAUCAAGGCAUGCCGCCAAUACCAGGCCACACGGGAAUACCAAGCCACGUUGGCAGCCAAAGAGGAUCGCGAAGAGUGGGGUGUGAGCAGUGCCAGCGAUAGCGACGGCAGCAGGACCAGCGAGGAUAUCAACAAACAGAUCAAGGAAAGCCAGGAUUCGUGCCGUGGCAUGUGUUUACGGUUUAUCAUAGCCAUGUUGGAUCAUUCAUUGGGCGACCACCAAUACGACAGCGUAUUGAUCGGCGCAUUGGCCGUGAUGGGCGUCCGGGACGAUGGUGGAUGGCAGAACGCGUUGGAUUACACGCCCGUGUUGUCGGCCGUCAUCAAGGUAGCACGAAUUGUUGUGUUGUAUCAUGUAUAUACCGAGCGGCAGGCCGAGAUUCGUACGAUCAUGGAAGAAAAGGGUAUAAACGAGGCCGACGCCCGGCAAUUCGGCACAUCCAUGUUCGCGCGCACACGACAAUGCAUCCAUACAUUCAUGACACGGACCGGAAAAGAAGCCGACGAGUCCCCAUCGCCGAUGGAUUGGAUGUUGGAGACCCGCACGUAUGGAAUGAAGAUCCGGUUCACAACCACGGCCGGAGGUGUAAUCGAUUGGAUCGGCGACCAGGUUAUAUUCCGACGGAUUCGAUUUACGAUGGCCGAGUUGAGCGGGUUUAUGCACGCCGUAUUGCAAGAGGCACGCAAUAUCAUGGCCGAGUUAACAAUGUGUGGCAGCGAGGGUAUACAUGCGUUGCCAGCCAUUGUGUGGGAUGAUGUAUAUGAUGACAACAGUAACGAUGCCGUUGGAUAUACAUUUAUUAAAGACGACCAAAACACGCCAUGGGUUGAGAAAGGGAAAGGGUAUAUCAAAAGGCAGUUGGUUCAGUGCAAACAGCGGCGGAAGGCAUGGUUGCACAGGCCAGACGCCGACAACCAACAAACCAGCCAACCAACGAGGCAUCCAUACAGAAAAAAAACAGCCAGAGAAUACGGCCGGUUAUUAGAUCGGUUCCGGGAGAAGUUAUUGAUAUUAAUGCACAUGGUAUCCGGCCAGCCGGCGCGCGCCACGGAGAUAUUGACGCUCUUUGUGGAGUCAGGACAUGCACCCGUGAGACGGAGUGCCAGGCGACCUUUCCGUUUCUGUCAAAACUACCCGAAAGGGAGAAUUGGUCGCUAUCCCCCAGUUCCGAUUGGCCAAUCGUCGUCGCCAUCGGCGAUGCCGUUCCAAAGGGGUAGAUUAUUGUUCCACGAAGUGUUAGGUGGCUUCUCCGGUUUUGUCAAGACUACCCGAAAGGGAAAGUUAGGUGUCAUCUCCAAGCUCCGAUUGGGCAAUUGUCGGCCGUCGAGAAUGCCGGUUUCCGUUUCUUGA